AUGUUUCGUGGUUAUCUGUUUGGCAGUUUAGCCUGCCUGGCAAGCAAAGCAGCAGUCCUUGAUUGCAGUCAAUUGGAUCCAUCCGAGCCUCUGGCAGUUUGCUGUGAUGCGCAGUCUGCCUGGUCAUCGAUGGAAUCUGCCGGUGGUUGCGGGGGUAGUGGUGCCUCCUCGGAGCAAUGCUCUGCAGCUUCAAGUUUAUGCCAGCAGUGCAGAAUGGCUGUUGCAGUCCACGCACAUGCCGACAGUGACAACAGUGCCGCGGAAGGGGCACAGCUGUCAUCGCUGGGAAUAGGCUUCUUGGAGGUUCAGUGUGCGCUGCCACGGUGGCAGGAUUCGUGCCACAACUCCAUAGCCGAUCUCGGAUUCGGAGUUCUCCUUGUUGCAGGAGGUGUCCUGAUGCUCCUUGCAAUCGGAGGGCUCAUGUUGUUCGAUUGGCGCGUGUUACCCUGGUUGGUAUCGCGGGCGGUGAUGUCUGGCACGCUCUCAGCGUCAUGGCGGCCCCACACAGCCCCAGAGAAAGUCGGCCAGCCACAGCUGGAGCGGUGCAACGUCGGUGUUGCAGAUGCUCUGCGUUUGGCUGCAGCAGUUCCUAUCGAAACCACUCCGCAGAAGCUGGGAGGCAUGGCACUUGCUCGGGCGCUUCGCCAUGUGUUCCUUUGCAGUGCCUUCGCCGCUGUCGGGCUUCGGUUGGUCAUGGUCGCUGCUCUGGUUUUCCUGGCAGGGGCCAGGGGCCGCAGGCAGGAGCAGCUCACCGGAGCGAUACCGGAAAUCCUCCUAUGCUUGCUUCCUCUCUUUUGGUGCGUCGGCAACUCGUUCAAUCCCCGUCAGGUGGGACAGGCAGCACUAGGAGAGACUUUGAACAGCAUGGAAAUCAACGGUGUUUUGUCCGAAAUAAGUGUCCAAGAUUCACAACCUACGCGGUACUCACAGUGGGCACCGAAUUGUGCUGUCCUAUGCUGUCGCUACAGCUCCGUGCCACUUCGCAGCGUGGAAGCCUGUCGUGGCGAGGGCCUUUGUCACAAGGCUUCGUUCGAUUGGCAACCACGCCCUGUUGGCCAGUUCUAUUGUGCUGGAGUCCUGGAACCAGUGAGAUGGCCUGAUUGCAAGGCCUUGCGGCUGCAAGAUGCAGCAACCGGUGCUUUCCGCAGGGUGCUCCCCCAGGCCGAUUGUGACCUGGGAGCCGUUGCUGAAGGUGACAUUCACUGCAGCAUUGAUGGCGAGACUCUCAUGGAUGUGCGGGACGCUGGAUAUGGCACUUCAGGUGAGGCCCUCUCGACGGAUCUCCUUACCUCGCUACAGACUGCGCUGCCACCUCCGGCUCUCCAGAACAGACUUCUUGCCCUUCUCUUGUUUGUCGAAGAGAAGCUAGGUGAAGCCGGUAUCCCAUACUGGGUGACUGGUGGGACGCUUCUUGGUGCUGUGCGUCACAAGGGUUUUAUUCCCCACGAUGAUGACGUGGACAUCGAGUUGCUUGAGGAGGAUCUGCCUCGUGCGCAGGAUGCUUUGGGAGAGAUUGGUCGCAGCUUUCGCGGACUCGGACACUGGCCCGGCAGCAGCGUGGCCAUGGGGCGCUUUUUCUGCUGGGGACGCGAUGGACGAUUUUCCGAGUCUGUUGAUGUGUUUCUGCGAGAGCGCCGCCCCCUCCAACAACUUGCCGAAUUUCCAUCCGAUGAAGAGGUUUUUCCAUUGGUGCGACUGCCGUUUCACAAUCUUCUGGUUCCUGCCCCCCAGAAUGCUGCUAGCUUUCUUUCGCGUUGUUACGGGAGCAAGUGGGCAAGUGACGUGGUCGUUUGGAGCCAUUCGUCUCGCACGCGGAAGCUGCUGAAUGUGGGGCUUGCUUCCUACCUUGAAGCCAUUGAUGAAGUCGGAUACCAACCUCCUCGGGUAGUCGCCGUGGAUUCAGCAGUCAGGAGCCUGUCUGCAGUCGGACUGAACAGCCCAGGCAACCUACAGGAGAAUCUGUGGAAUAGCUUGGGCUGGGCAUCGCCCAUGCCUCUAGACUGGAAUGGGGAAGAUGCAGACGGUGCAUUGGGUCUACUUGGGUUGGAAGUGCAGUAUUGGCCCUUCCAUGCCUGUGCUUCGGGCUCUGACUUGCAGGUGUGGCUUCAGGCCGCGGCCGAGGAUGCAAAGAUGAGGGUCAUGAAGCAGAUUGAAAGUCGCACAGGCUGUUUCCUCGAGCUGAUAUCAUGCAAGAUGGAGACGGACACAGCGUGCGGCCUCGAGUUUCCGCUCGUCGAUCAGAGAGCGUUGAGAGCCGUAGGCACAGCUGCGGAGCUUGCAGCUGUUGAGCCUGCCUUUCGUGACUUGAUUUCCUGA